AAUGGAGAGAAUAUGGGGGGACUAUGAAAGGCUGGAAAGUGAAUUAUUUGUUCUCAGAUCGCAUUUGGAGCACAUAUUCCGAUUCGGGACGUCCCAGGAACAGACUGAGGCGCACAGAGAACUCUGGAUGAUGGACGACAUCCUGUCGGGGCUGCGGGGUCAACAAGAACAACUUCCGGGUCGCCAUGGAGUCACCCAGGCACAUUACUGGAAUGCCUCCUUCUCCAGUCCUCCAGAGAAACAGUCUACAUCCUGGUGCUCCUAUCCCAUCAACCCUUGCUCCUAGCCCCAGAGAAGCUAGUUCUCAAAAGGAACACUCUAUGGGGUUAGAUGAAACUCCACCCCGCCCCCCUUUGCCAGUGGAGCAUCAUGGGAGCCCAGGAAAGCCAUCCCACAAGGCUGAGCUAGUGGCCAAUGAGAGGAGAGAGGCGGGGCUUGAGUGUCUGGAGAGCGAAUCAGAGAAAGAGUCUCCUCUAAGAUCUUAUUACAGUGAACAGAUUUUACCUCAGUCUCUUCAUUCAAGCAGAAACUUAUCUGUCUAUCACCAAGAACAAGGGAAAGUACUCCCAGUCUGCCCAGUGUCUCUCCCCUGCCACAGCACCCCCAUCUGGACACUGAGUGAACCUGCGAGAAAGGAAGUGGGGUCGCGCAGGGGUCGUAUGAGCGCCGAGGAGCAGAAAGAGAGGAUGAGGAGGAACCAGGAGAGGUUGUCCAAUGAGGAGAGACUGAGGAAGAGCGGCCCGGCCAAUCACAGCCAGGGCCAGAGGUCACCGCAGCAAAGGGAGCAGUUGAGUCAUGUUGCAGCAGACGAUCUCGUUGUCUCUUCUGGCUGUGAUGUCACAGACGGUUGCCGGGUGACGCUUGUCCGGACCUCCUUCCUGCCCUCGACCCUCAUGGCUCGCCGCGUCUCUCUCGAGGACCCCUCGGAGCUGCCCGCUGCUCUGCCCGAACAGACAGCGACACGCAGGACCACUAGGGAGACGCCCUCUACCUCGCCUGAGCCAAAAACGCAGCUCAGGACCCUGAGACAGAUGGCCACCUCGCUGCCCGAGGAGAUAACAUCAUUUAGGACCCCAAGUAAGGUGCCCUCUACCCCGCCUGAGCUACAAACAGAAUCUAGAAGAGAGAGACGGUCGGCCACAUCACUGCCUGAACAGAUAACAUCAUUCAGGACCCCAAAAAAGGUACUUGCUACCCAGCCAGAACAAAUAACAGCAUACAGGACCCAGAGAGAGGCAUCCUUGACUCCGCCUGAGCAAAAAACACAGCUCAGGACCCAAAUAUCAGGACCGCCCUCCCCAUUGCCUGUUUACACCACAAACAGGACCCAAGCGGAGCUGCCCUCUCCACUGCCUGUCUGCACCACAGCGAGGACCCCAAGCAGCUCAGGGUCGUCCGUCAACCUGCCUGCAGAGAAACAGGAAGCGAGGGCGGGGCUAGCCCUGACCGGGGGCAUGCUGGGUAAUGGGAGGAGCCAGCGAGCAGAGAGAGAGAGAAAAAGAGAGGGAGAGGGAGAGAGAGUGGUGAGAAGAGAGAGGCACUGCCCCCCAAAGGUCAUAGUGCGUGCCCCUUUCCUGAACUCCGACCCUGACCUUUCCCUGACCCCUGAAGAGAUUGCGGUCAAGCAGAGAAAAGUUGACAAAAUCCGAAGCAUGGUGACCAAGAGUGUAGCUCAGGAGAGGUGCAGUACCUCUCUCAUUCCCCUAGAGGGCGACGGGGAGAGGGAGCGCAUCAUCAGCCUCUCUUUCGCUCUGGCCAAUGAGGCUUCGAGGAGGAGUCGUGAGAUGGCUGCUCAGUCUCUGCUGGACUGCAGUGACUCCAAUGCCGAGAAUGAUGAUUUUUGGAAAUUUACUACGAGAGAGAAGAGUGAAAUUUGGGGUUCCCUGAAUUUCGGGGGCCCCCGACUCCCUAGCCCCGCCCCCAGCCCCCCCCGGCCAUCCCACAGUGCAGUGGGGCGACAGGAGACCGAAGAGAGCACAGGACAGCCCUCCAAUCAGCUCCUGUAUAUCUCAGAAGAGGCAGCCAAUAGGAAUCUGAGCUCAGAGACGGCCACCAAUCAGAAUGAAGGGUUGGAAAUGCCAGCCAGUGAUAAUCAAGGGGGGAAUGCCUCGCCCAAUCAGAUUCGACCGGACGCCAGAUUGACGCCCAGUGAAAACGAAGGGAGAAACGUUUCACCCAAUCAAACUGAAGGUCUUGAAAUGUCGGCCAGUCAAAUUCGAGGGAGAGACGGCUCGCCCAAUGAGAUUCAGCUUGACUCCAAAAUGCCGUCCAGUGAAAUCGAAGGGAUUGAUGCGUCGUCCAAUCAGAACAAAGACAAAAACGUGUCGACCAGUGAAACCGAAGGCUUGGAAAUGUCACCCAAUGAAAUGGAAGAAGGCUACGAACUUCCGACCAAUGAAAUUGAAAGGAGAAAAACCUCGCCCAAUGAAAUCGAAGACCCCAAACUGCCGCCCAAUGAAAUUCACAUCCUGGAAGAAAUAACGACCUAUCAAAUCUUCAGCUCUGACAAACGAGCCAAUCAGCAAGCUCAGCUGGCCAAACCACCAUCCAAUCAGUGCUCAGUACCCCAAACGGCCAAUCAAAUCACAGCGGCAGAAAAAAACAACGCUUUCGUCAAAGCGGCAAAUCAGAAAGCAGAAACCCAACAUCUAGCCAAUCAGAGCUCAGGAGAGACUGCAGCAGAACGACCCGGCCAGCAGAGAACCAAUGGGAUCCUGUUUUACAUCCGAAAAGAGGCGGGACCUGGCCAGGAGUUAGCCAGUCCGGAUUCAGGGUUCUGUGAGGCGGACCUAACAGCCAAUCAGACCUCAGCUUUUGAAGACAGUCGUUUGACAGUGCUGCACACCAGUCUGUGAUGUCAUAACCAUUCAAACGCUUGACAUUUUUAAUUUUGUGGAGGAGGGUCACAGAAAGUGAAAGAGAGAGAGAGAGAGAAAGUAGAAGAGAGAGAGAGAGAGAGAGCGCGAGAGAGAGAGAGAGAGAGAGAGAGAGAGGCAGCAGCAGCAAGAUGAGCUCUUAAUUUAAACUAAAAAAAUGUUAAUCUAGAGUAAAUUUAAUUGUGAGAAUUAAGAAUAUAAAUCAGUAAGAACAAAUAAAAAACAAAUGGAAAACUUUUACUACAGAAAUAAGACAUCCAGGAAAAAUUAAACAAUUAAACAAGAAAGAAAGAAAGAAAGAAAGAAAGAAAGAGAAAGAAAGAAAUAGAAAGAAAGCAAAAGAAAAGAACUGAACUGAAGAGGAAAAGAAAAGAAAUAAGACCUCCAGGAAAAUUAAACAAGAAAGAAAGAGAAAGAAAGAAAGAAACAGAAAGAAAGA